AUGGGCAGUAAACAGUCCAUUCCAACUACAAAGGAUGGCUAUCUUUUAAGAAUACCAAAGUUUCAGAAUUUUCCUGAAGAUGUAAAAGCUAAUGUAGAAUUAGAAGAAGGUGUAAUUGUAUUGAUGAUAGCAAAAUCUGGUAGUACAAGUUUUAUGGAAAUUAACACUGAUGAUGGGCGUUUUGCAAUAGCAAAGGCAGAAGCAGAUCGUAUUGCAGAGGAAGAGGCUCUUCGUUUAUCUACUGAACAAUCAAUUAGGGUAAAUGAGGGGGAUGGAGUUUAUUCAGUCCCAACAUCAAGAGUAAUAACAAAUGUAACAUCAUUUAUAUCACAUUCAUCUUCACAGUUAGAAUCAGAAGUAACUUCUGCUCAUUCGGAUACUAUUAAUAAUACUACUGAUGAUGUAUUAGAUAUUGAAGAUAACAAGUCAACAACUAAUGGAGGUUUUAUUGAGAAUUUAGCAAAUCAAUGUGGAGCUGUAUUCUCUGAAUGUCAUCAAUAUCCUAAAUUUCGUAUCGUUGCAAAUGGAAAUGAAGUGCAACGGCGUAUUGAUAAUGUUCUACAUUCAUCUGGAUGUGAUACAGAAUUUGUUAUUGAUAAGACAACUGCUACAUGUGGCUGUUUAGGACCAAAACAUGAUAGAUUAACGUGUAAAGUUUGUAGAGGGAUGCACUUGGAGGACGCUCCACUGUUAUAUUGA